AUGCCACCUAAACCCAGUAAGCUGAUCGCGUUAACGUUGGAACAGAGAGUAGAGGUCAUUAAAAAAUCAGAGAAAGACAAAUUGAGUGUUAGAAAAAUUGCUGAACAUUUCGAGGUGGGUAGAACUCAUAUUGAUGGCAGUUUAAAGAGAAAAGCGGAGGUGUUGGCAGAUUAUGGUAACAACCAGCCCUCUGACAGAAAAAGGCAGAGAAAACUUGCAGGCAAUGAGGAUAUUAACAUGUUUUUUUGGAAAUGGUUCCAAGAUGCCACUGCUCGUAGAAUAAAUGUCAGCGGUCCACUGAUUAAGGAGAAGGCGUUAAAAUUUGCCGAAGAUUUUGGAAUAGCGACUUUCAAAGCGUCAAAUGGGUGGCUGGAUUCAUUCAGGCAUAGGCACAACAUCGUCGCAGGUACACUAAGUGGGGAGCGAGGUGACGUAAGUGACACUGCAGUUGAGGACUGGAAGUCAAAGUUGCCAGUGGUGUGUGACGGGUAUGCUCCUAAGGACAUUUUCAAUAUGGACGAGACCGGUCUGUUUUAUAGGGAUACAACAAAGUUAACCCUUAAAGUGAAAGGUGAUGAAUGUGCUGGCGGUAAGCGCUCUAAGGAGAGACUGACCGUGGCACUAUGUGCAAGUAUGACCGGAGAAAAAUGUGUUCCUCUAGUCAUAGGAAAGUGCAAGAAACCACGCUGUUUUAAAAACAUAACACCAGAAUCUCUACCAGUAACAUACACCAACAACAAGAAAGCAUGGAUGAACACCGGAUUGUUUGAGUGGUGGCUGCAGAGAUUUAACCGCAAGAUGAGACGACAAGGAAGAAAAGUGUUACUGUAUGAACGUAAUUCUAUCAGAAUUGACAUCAAGUGUGAGCGAUGUAUGUUGAUAAAACACGGACCGGACCAGAACGCUUGA